AUGAAUACUACGCCUUUCCAGUUAACAUUUGGACAUGAUGCAGUCUUACCUAUCGAAAUUUACUUACAGUCAGUACGGAUCCAAAGGCAAGGAGUAAUUCCUGCAGACCUGUAUUGGGAAAUGAUGAUGAACGAAUUGACAGAGCUAGAUGAAGAAAGGUUACACGCAUUAGAAGCAUCAAGAAAACAGAAGGAGAGGGUAGCAAGGGCAUAUAACAAUAGGGUCAAAGGUAAAACCUUCGUUGUAAAUGAUUUAGUUUGGAAAGUUAUAUUACCUAUGGAUAAAAAGAACAAAGCUUUAGGAAAAUGGUCUCCACAUUGGGAAGGCCCUUUUCGAAUUUUAAAAGCAUUUUCAAACAAUGCGUAUGAAAUAGAAGAAUUGGCAAAGGAUCGAAGGAUCCUAAAAGUAAAUGGAAAAUACUUGAAAAAGUAUAAAACAUUUAUGCACGAAGUAAGAAUUAUAACAACGUAA